GCCGUUUUGGUAUAUCCAGAAAGAUCUUGUUGACCAGAUUUUCACACCCGCUUCCGUAUUACCCGCCCUCUACAAGAUCUUUGCUUCCCUCAUCAAACUUUUUUCUCCCACAAUCCAUUCUAAUCAUUUUUCUAAUUGGGUUUUCUUUCUUUAGCAUUAAAUCAUCCAUUUGGGGAAAAAUUCGAACUUGAAUGUCUGUGAAUUAAGUAUAAGUUUUUGAAGGUGGGAGAAAAAGAUGAAGAGGGGGUUUGAUGAGAAGAAUAUUGACCAAAUGUUUCCAAGAAUUCAUGUAAAUGAUACCGAAAAAGGCGGCCCACGCGCGCCUCCGAGGAACAAGAUGGCUUUAUAUGAACAACUUAGUAUACCUUCACAGAGGUUUAGUAGUGAGGGGGGUGUGAGUGAAAGGGGUUCAUUUUUUCCACAUCAGCAAACACCUACAAUGCACGCCGCCGAUGAAACUAACAAUCGGCAUUCUGAAUUAAACACACAACUCGUGAACCAAGUGCAGAAACAGAAACAAGAACACGAAGACCUUAGGGUCCCGAUCUCUGUUCAACAAUCUGGAAUAAAUCUUGAUCAUAGUGGGAAUCAUCAACGCAAAGAUAACGAAACACUCUCUCCCUACAAUUUACCUUUUUCAGAUUGUUUAACAAAUGCUAAAAAAACUAGCGAAAGAAAUAAGAUACAAUUGAAUGAAGCUAAUGGUGCUUCAAGUUUUGAUCAUGGAAAUGUUUCAAAUACUAAUGGAAAUUUACGGGAUCGUGUAGUUGACUCUGUUGAUCAUAUUAGGGCUGUCGGGAGAAGUUAUAAUGAUCAUACGAAUGGUGACGAUGCUUCUGAGAAUUCAAUGGUAGAUUCGAUAUCCGGUGUUUCUCCUGAUGAUGUUGUGGGAAUUAUUGGUCAGAAGCUUUUUUGGAAGACAAGAAGAGAUAUUAUCAAUCAACAAAGAGUGUUUGCUGUUCAAGUGUUUGAGCUGCAUAGAUUAAUAAAGGUUCAAAGGCUAAUAGCGGGAUCACCCGACGUAAUGAUCGAAACCGAUGCGUUUAUCGGAAACCCGUCUAAAGUUUCUCAAAUUAAUAAGGUUCCUCUGGAUUAUGCACGGAAAUCGUCUACAAAUGUACCUAAAGUCAAAGAUUACCAUGAGAAGUCAAACCAUGAUAAUCGGGAAUUCUCGGCUGAGAAUGCUGUUGAGAAGGCCGCUCUUUCUUCGGUCCAAAAGAGCAACGGGUCCACUUUAAAAAGGUACCCGUUACCACCACCCGACCCGACAAUGGGUCAAUUGAGUCAGCAGCCCGGUCAACAAUGGCUUAUCCCGGUGAUGUCACCGUCUGAAGGACUUAUCUACAAGCCGUACCCUGCACCUGGAUACAUGACCCCAGGUCCAGGACCUCCUCCUGGUCAUAACUUUGUAAACCAUGGGGUUCCACCGCCAGCACAGCCUCAUUACCAAUGGCCCACCGGGUUCCCACCGCUGGUAUAUCCGCCCUCGCACGGCUACUUCCCUCCUUACGGCACGACAACGAUGAACCCAUCCAGUGGCGAAGAAGUGAACCCAAACCCAUUCAACAUGCGGUAUCAGAGCUCAUGUAAUGUUCCAACUGUGGUCAACUUUCAAGAGUCAAACAAUGAGGUACAAAUCAGUACUGCAAGUUGUCCGAGUGAGAGGACAAACACUCGUGACGCUCUUUCUCUUUUCCCUACAUACCAUCCAGCCGAAGGGCCCGCAGAACCUACUCGUGCUAUAAGAGCUGUACCUCGUAAGGCCAGGUUGGCAACGGAGUCUGCAGCCUGGAUUUUUCGGUGUAUACAAGAAGAGAGAAAGCAGCAGGAUUCGGUUUAGAUUGUGUGUGCAUGUGGUGGUACAUGUGUUGUGUUUUUGUGGGUAAGUUAUGCAUACAUAUACAUGUGAAAGAUUAAUCUUCACAUAAGGCCAUUAUAGCUGCUGUGUUAAAUGAGUGAAUGGAUGUUAUGUGUUGUUUUAUCAAUGUUUCAGAUUUAUUAAAGAAGUUAUUAUGAUUAAGAAA